AUGGAAUUAGAGAAACAAAUUUACAAAUUCCACUAUUGUUUGACUUCAUGGAAAUAUGCAAGAGCUUUUGCAAAGAUUCUAUUUUUAGGAUUUCUUGGAAUUUCAGUAAUACUACUAGGUAUAUAUGUAUCACUUUGCAUUCGACAAGAAGAAAGGAAAUUAUAAUUUUUUUAAAGCGACAAUGUAAUUUCUUAAUUUAACGACACUGUUAUUUAUACAGUUAAUAUACCUAAUCAGAAUUCUUAAUAGCCUUUAUUAUAAAUGAAAUUUUCAUUUAAUAGAUACCUAUUAACACUUAAAUAAAAUAUUUCAAAUUCUCAUUAAAUUACUUAGGAGAAUCUAUAAGUAGAAGCUAAAAAUUAUUAAUCAGGUUUUGAUCUUUUUUUCUUAAAUUUUGUUGACAUAGAAACUAUGUUUUUAGUUGAUUUUACAUAAUAUUUUAUAGAUAGUGAAAAAGAUAUCAUAAUUUAGAAUUUAAAUACUAAAGAAUUUUGGUAUUGGACAAGCAUUUCUUUAAAAAAUGCUUAAGGUAAAUCAUUUUACAUUAAAAUGAUAAGAAAUUUUUUUAUGUGUCAAUAAAUUUUAUUAUGCCUUUUUUUUGUUUCUUGUUCCUCAUCAAUUAUAAUCCGUUUAUUAUUAAUAUCUAUCCCUGUAAUUACUUUAAUUACAAGUAAAUUGAUUUAUAACUAUUAAUAGAAAAUUUAAUUAGAAUAUUAUUAAGAUAACAAUAAUAAUAAAUCAAUAAUCAAGAGAAUCAUGAGAAUUGGAUUGGAAUUUAUUUAAGGUUAUUAGAAAGAAAUAACAAAACAAAAUAUUAUAUUGGAUUUGCCUUUUUGGCAAUGAUUAUUUUUUAUACAAUAAUUUAUAAAGAAGGAUUAGAUUAAGCAACUUAAUUUAUUUUUGGAAAAAGUAUUCCUAAUGGAUUGAAAAUCUAUUUUAUAAUGUAAAAAUAGUCGAAAAUAUUAGGAUAGUAUUUAUAAAUGAAAUUGAAGGAGUUUUAUUUUUAAGAACAAGAUCUUCAAUAUAUUUUGUACCUAAAUAUAUUUGUUGUUAUUAUGUUACCUAUUUAUUUUACUUAGAAAAAACAAGUAUAAUUAUUAAUUAAAUUUCGGUUAUGGAUUCUAUUUUAUUGGAUUGAUGAUA